UUUUGCCGCCUUUUUUAGUGACUUUUUCGCGCCCUGUUUUUCUGACAGCUGCUAUCUUCAUUCUUGUUGGGUGUGUACGAACGUAAAGACUGACCCCACAAUCGGUAUUUUUAAUGUAAAUGAAUCACUCCCAGCUAAAUUAAGUGCCCAAAGUGAUGAUAAAGUAGCACCAAGUCUUUUUUUACAAUGGAGUCCUCACCACAAAUGCGCGAUUUUUCCGAAUUCUGCGAGCAAUUACACGAAAUCCGUUUAAAAUUCCACAAAUGGGACAGUUGCGAACGCACCGUCGCUCUCUACUAUCUAAUGACCGGACUUCCUUUCGCGAACGCCCGUUUCCUGCAACAUGCCUUAGAGCAGUGCAUUGCCGCUGCCAACAGCCCCGAAGCACAAGUCCUCGAACGUAACGCCAACAAUUCCGUUUUCGUGGCACGACUUUUAAUGGAACACCCGCAAAACGCCCUCAGCCUGCUCCUAACACACCUACCGUUGCUCAAACCGGGGAACAAGGAGGCUGCCAACUCGUACUUGGUGACAAUAAGACGCGUUCUGUCCGAAUUCAUCGCCCCACCGUGCAAGAUCUACAACGAGUGUGUGGAGAUCAUGUCGUACGUCUUCAUACACCCGGCGUUCGAUAAGGAGGACAAGAAGAGUUUCAAGCACUUGCUCAAGCAGGUCUUGAAUCGGGUGAGCCCGGAGAAUUUUAUACACUCGCCGGUGAAUGAGUCCAGUGAUGAGUCCUCAAGUCCCGAAAACACAGACUUGGGGCGCGGGAACCGACGCUCGAAUAGUCUAACUCCUGCAACGACCCAAACCAGCUCGCAUGAAAGUUUGAGAGAGGUUUGGUCGUCUCAGGAAAAUCUCUCGCAACCACCGCCAAAACCGCGAAGUUAUUCACUGUCGAACGACAAAACGUUGCUUUUGAACCUUGCAACGCUCCAAUCGAGCAGUUCGGAGACACGUCUUCAGGACUUGCAAAUUUUGAGUAAUUUACCCGUAAUGAAGAGCAUUUUAUCGUGGCUGAAAUCGUUAAGACUGCAUAAAUACAGUUGGGUUUUCCACAAUCUCACCUACCAGCAAAUGCUGGACUUGUCCGACGAGUCGCUACAAACGAUCGGUAUUACCAAAGGGGCCAGACACAAAUUAUUACUAAGUAUUGCUAAACUUAAGGAACGUAGUACAAUGUUGACUGAACUUGAGACUGAAGUUAUGAACGGAGGUGAUCUUAAUUCGGCUUUAAAGAAACUCAAAGGGGUUUUACAAACACCGUUGCAAGUCACAUGUGGGGAGGAUUUACCCUCACAAUUUGUCAAAGUCAUGGGAAAAGUGUGCACUCAACUCUUAAUGCUGAGACAACCAUCGGAUGAAUGUUUGAUGCUUUUUGUGAAUCUUUGUGAACGUUCGGAUGCCUUAGAAGCCUUCAGUGACGAGCAAAAACGAAGGCUGAAUAUGUGGAAAGGACAAUUGACCAAAGGCAAUCAUGUGCCAGUCUACACACAAAAAAUGCAAAGUAAUAAUUCGAGGUCCGGGUGGCAGUGCAAAAUGCCCCUGGCAGCUUUCACUCAGGAGGUCCAUACGCAAAAAAGUUCAUCGUAUCCGAAUGUAAAAAACAGCACCACGAUAAAUCCACACAGACAUUCAGUUGGUAGUGUAACGUUUCGUAAAGAUUUAUAUCCUGUCGCAAAAAGUGUGGAAAUGUUUAAAAAUCAUCAUUCUUCAUCGGAGAAGAGCAGCAACAGCAAUAAUAAUAAUAGUCAGUUUCACGUACGUUUCGAAGAUAGCGAAAGCGAUCGAAAUAAAAAGUUAAAAAAUACCGAUAUCGAAAAUAGUUUAGAAUCUCUAUGUUUGCAAAUGAUGGAACAUGCACUUGGGCCUUAAUAUUGCAAGAUUUAGUUGUGAUUAUUAUUAUUUUUUAUUCGUACUGUCGGCCUACAUUUGACUAAUUUAUACUUUUUUAGCUUUGAGUGUUAGAGUCGUAUUAACUGCUGGCAGAUUUAUACUAUUUAUCAUGAUUUUAUUAGUGUUUUAUUCUCGUUAUAUAGCGAAAUGUUUUAUUGUGAUUUUUUUGUUGAAAUGAAAUUAUUUGAUAUUUUAAGGGUUUUUCCUACUUUAAGACUGCAUAAUUAUACUUUUAAUGAUUUCGCUUUUAAGUCGUCAAAUACUACUUUACAUUCUAAAACAAAAUAUAGUCAAAAUUUGUGUUUGUGGUUGUUUUGACAAGUUAGUUUGAUAAACUAAAACUACUUUACAUGCAAAAUUUUUGGAAAAAUUUUGUCAAAUCGUGGAAUUGUGCAUGUUGUGAUUGUCUAUGUGUGAUACAAGUUUGCCAAAAUGGCAAAAACUGAAGCAAAAGACUGAUUUCUAAAUAAAAAAUUGACGAAACUA